GAAGACAAAUGGGAGGAUUGUGGAAAGUUUCUGAACGCGUCAUGACAGUGAGGGGAUUGGACUGAUUCGGACCUGCGUCCUUCUGCGGAUCAGGCCCCGCUGUGUGAGUCGGGGGACAGGACUGCUUCUCUGAGCGGAACUCCGCCGGAGUUCUGCUUAAGUUCCCGGCCGGAGCAGCUGCCGCCUGCCUGCAAGCCACAUGGACCCUUCCCGCUGCAGAGCAUGCUGCUAGCGCCUGGCGGUCGGAAGGAGAACCGUGAGGCUGUGCAGACCACCGAACCCGAGCUCCACGCGCCGCUGCUGCCUCCUAGUCAUGCGCACAGACCACCUCCGUUGAGGAUCCUAGUCGGGCUCAAGAUGUUCCUGACCUUCCUCCUCAGCUUCAUCGUUCCUCCGGUAUGGAGCGUUCACAUGUCGUGGGAAAAUUGGAGGUCCGCGCUGUGCAACGGAGGGGAUGAGUUCGAGCCGCCGACCUCCCAGCCGCACAUCGUCUUCAUCCUGGUGGAUGAUCAGGGCUUCCGGGAUGUUGGAUACCACGGCUCCGAGAUCAAAACUCCGAACUUGGACCGGCUGGCCGCACAGGGGGUGAAGCUGGAGAAUUACUACGUGCAGCCGCUCUGCAGCCCGUCCAGGAGUCAGCUGAUGACCGGCAGGUAUCAGAUCCACACAGGCCUACAACAUUCUAUCAUUCGUGCCACCCAGCCCAACUGCCUGCCUUUGGAGAAUAUCACUCUCCCCCAGAAGCUCAAAGAAGCAGGCUACUCCACCCACAUGGUGGGGAAGUGGCACCUCGGCUUUUACAAACGUGGCUGCCUUCCCACCCAACGAGGUUUCGACACUUUCUUCGGAUCCCUGCUUGGAAGUGGCGAUUACUACAGUCACUACAAAUGCGAAGGCCCCGGCAUGUGCGGCUAUGAUCUGUACGAAGGGGAAGAGGCCGCUUGGGAACAGGACCGCGGUUUGUACUCUACCGUGAUGUUCACUCGAAAGGCUGUCAGCAUCUUGGCCAAUCAUGAUCCCCACAAGCAACCCUUAUUUCUUUACUUGGCCUACCAGGCAGUUCAUUCCCCGUUGCAAGUUCCUGCUCGCUAUCUCGAGCGCUACAAGGGAAUUCCAAACCCACAUCGCCGAAAAUAUGCUGCCAUGGUUUCCUGUCUUGAUGAAGCCAUUCACAACCUGACCUUAGCCUUGAAACACUUUGGUUACUAUGACAACACAGUUAUAGUGUACUCCACAGACAAUGGGGGCCAGCCAUUAGCCGGUGGAAGUAACUGGCCCUUGAGGGGGAGUAAAGCCACCUACUGGGAGGGGGGCAUCAGGGCAGUAGGUUUUGUUCACAGUCCCCUGUUAGUCAAAAAAGGGUCAAAAUGUCAAACUUUGGUCCACAUAACUGACUGGUUUCCUACUCUGGUGACUCUGGGGGGAGGCACCUUAGAUGAAGAUCAAAACCUAGAUGGAUAUGAUGUUUGGGAGGCUAUUAGUGAAGGUCGUCCAUCACCUCGCCUAGACAUUUUACAUAACAUCGACCCAAUUUACAUUAAAGCCAAGAAUGGCUCUUGGAAGGCGGGAUAUGGAUUGUGGAACACCGCUGUCCAAGCUGCGCUCCGAGUUGGCCACUGGAAGCUACUGACAGGUGAGCCAGGCUACAGUGACUGGGUGCCACCACAGACAUUCUCCAACCAACGACUAACCACUCGCCACCAUAAUGAACGUGUGCGUUGGGGCGGGGGUAAAUCCAUCUGGCUGUUCAACAUCACAGCUGAUCCUUAUGAGCGAGUAGACUUGUCUCAGCAAUACCCACACAUAGUAAAGAAGAUGCUGAUGCGGCUGGUACAGUACAACAAGACCGCUGUGCCAGUGCGCUACCCUGCAAAGGACCUGCGCUCCAACCCGCAGUACAACGGAGGAGUAUGGGGACCUUGGUACAAGGAUGAGAAGCAGGAGCGGGAUGAGGAGGAGAGAUAUAAUAACUUGUUUACAAACCAUUUUGGUAAAAGAAGGUGGAAAAAUAAAUCAAGGAAUAUAAAGUUAAAACGCAAAGCAGAACAUUAGCUUAAAGGAUUCAUGAAGAAACCUCAGACUGCCUUUACUCAGGUAUUAACACUUCUUGUUUUAGGACAUUUUAACUCCAGGAAGUCUAAAUUGGACUCGACUAAACACUACAGUGAGAAAUUGUUUACAGAUUUCUUCUGUUUUUGCUUUUUUUCUGACUUAAAAAUUUCAGAUUUUAAUUUUAAUACCACACAGAAGUAACUUGAUUAAAUAGAAUAGGCAAUUUUCAAGUGAUUAUUUAAUUUAAGAGAAAAAGCUAACCAAACCUGGCUAAAACUAUGUUCUCAUAAAGGUUUUUUAUGCAAUUUGAAGUAUUGCAUUAGAAAAGAUUGAUGGAAAUGGCAAAAUUUUUAAUAAUUUCCUCACUUUCAGAAAAAAGUCUUUUUUUUUAUGUUCGCCUGAGAUGGUUUUUGGCUUUUCCAAAAAUAGAGUUGAUGUGUAAAAGACAAACACUUUUGCUUGAUGAGUUCUGAAGUAGUAAACAUCACCAUCCACUGAAGGGUCUGUGCCUUACCAGAGGCAUGAAACAAGUCAAAAUCCAAACCUCUGGCUCAGAGGGAUGGACUCUCCAUUUUUCUGACAUGUGUUAUUCAUGCUAGUUAGCAACCUCUACAUCUUGUUUAUUACAGCCAUGUGUAGCGGCAACAUCAUGCUUUGCGGUUGAGUCACUCCAAACCACUAGAUGGAAACACACAGAAUAGUUUUUUGACUUUUUUGCAGCAUUUUAAAAGUUUGCAUGACAUCUUUAUGGAUGUGACAAAAACUAAUUACCCUCUAAACUUAAUGGCUGGUUGUGAUGGUAACAGCUGCCACUUUAUGCUUUUUCUCCAUAGGAUCAUGUUACUUUGGACAGUUUUUCCUUGUAUAAAAAAAAUUAUAAUUUAUUCACAUAGGUUAUAUUUGCCUCAUGUGUUCAAUGACACAAAAUAUACAAUUGUAACAAAAGAAAUAAAAAACAGAAGACCUCUGUAAGGGAGUAGAUUCUUUUUCACAACACUACAUAGUGUGUAAGAUGUGCUGCUGGAUGCCUGACGGUGAUUUGUUCAGGCACUGAUGCCAUGUUUAGACGGUGAAGACCUCAGUUCAGUGUUUGGACUAUUUUUUUUUUACUUUUUUUUAUAAGAAUCUAUUGUAUGACUGAACUGUUGUCACUUUUACAUUCAUGUUUCACUUAUAGUUGAAAAUGCAACUUUUUUUUUUUUGACUCUUGCCAUAAUUUUGAUGGUAAUGAAGUAAGACCCAGUCUUAUCAUGUUUUCUUUGUGGUGCUAUACUGUCGUGCUAGCAGAUUUAGGAUUUAUGUCAUGUUUGUGUUCAAAUAUGCUGCUUGUUAUAAGCAUACUUUGUACUUUAGAACAAUAACUGGUAGUUUGUUCUACCAGUUAGAAGUCUGCUCAGGCACUGGGCCAACCUGAAUCUAACUCGAGCAACAAAAUAAAGUCUUGGACAUUUAGCUUUUUGUCUCUACUAUCUUUCAACCUAUGUUUGAUUAGUUUAUUGUAGAAAAUGUUCUUCAUUCCAUUUAAAAAUAAAUACUUUUGUGGAAAAUAUGUAACAAAAGUUACCACAAGGCUAUUGAGAACAUAAAUGUCAAAUUCAGUAUCCUUGGGGCUUAACCGUGAUAUAGCGUUUGUUUUCUUCCACAAAGUCCUUAAUACUGCCUUUUAUUUUCCAUUAUGACUUGCUUAGAUCUUGCAGUUCAUGUAAAAGGAGGAAUGGAGCUAAUUAUAUAUCAGUAUAUGGAACUGACAGCUGUCCCUACUGUCACACAGAGACAGAAUUGGUAAUGGUUUUCUGUUCUUUAAUAUUACUUUAAACAUUAAUUAGUGAUUAGUUUAGAUUUUUAUCUUUAAAAUUGUUUCUCAUUAGUCUGAGUCUUUAACUAUUUGCUGUGCACAC